GAAGUAUUUGACGUGUGCAAGACCCAGGAGUUGUCUCUCAUCAGUUGCAACUGUCGGUUCAGCAAAAGAUCCACUGUUCAUCAAGAUGUUGCAGUCUAUCCGUAUCCUCGAUUCGACAAAUGGCGAGACCAACACCACGUCGCCGAAAGAAUGUCAAGAUCCGAAGACGCUGCUCGGACUUCUCCUGCGUGCAGCACGUUUAUGGCCAAACAACGGUAUUACAUUCAAGGACCAAGGCUGGGAUCAAGAUGCCUGUUUCGUAUCAUACGCAGAGAUCCUGAAAGAGGUGCAGUCUAACGCGGCAAAACUCCAAUCUCACGUUGGCAUCACACCAGGGCAGUGCGUAGUACUGUACUUUGACACUCAUCGAAACAAUGUUAUCUGGUUCUGGUCCACUGUCAUGGCGGGCGGCGUACCGGUCAUGCUAUCUCCAUUGUCGAACAACGAAACCACCCUUGUCGGCGAGCUCAACAACCUCAUUAAACUAUUCGGCAGUCCCACAGUCUUGACAAGCAAGCAGCUUGCGAAGCUCUUCAAACUACAUGAAUCUCUCAACACGGUUACUGUGGAGGUCGUUGCGGGAACUAAAGUGGAUAAGGACAUCGCCAACGCGACGAUCAAUGAGCCGAUUGGAAACGAAGAUGAGCUCGCGAUGGUGUUGUUUACCAGUGGAAGCACGGGAUUUGCCAAGGGCAUUGAGUACUCGGGUGCUCAACUAGUGAUCUCCAGCAAGCUGAAGUGCAAAUUCCAUGAGAUGGAUUCAAGCAAGGCAUUCAUGUCUUGGGUCAGCUUUGAUCACAGCGCCGCUCUGUGUGAAAAUCAUCUUCACGCUCUCUAUGCAGGAGCAAAUCAAGUCAUGAUUCCGGCCAUAGACUUCGUACAGAGCCCAGUUCGCUUCUGGAAAGCUCUCAGCGAGUACCGUAUUGCGUAUACGUUUGCCCCAAACUUCUUCAUCGCCGCAGCAGUCCGUGCUAUCAACGAGAUGGAAGCUCUUGAUAGGGAAAAGAUGAAAUUGGACAUCAGCGAGCUUCGCGUCAUCAUGUGUGGCGGAGAAGCGAACAAGACCACCACGCUGGAGGCUGCGGAGACCGUUCUGACUCAGUAUGGUGCGCCUAAAUGUAGUAUAAAAGCAAGCUACGGUUUGAGCGAGACUUGUUCGGCUCUGUUCUAUAACCGCCAAUCGCCCGCAUACGACACAAAGAGGAAUUACAUGUUCGCUUCCGCCGGCAAGCACCUCCCUGAUCACGAGCUUCGAAUCACCGACGAGGAAGGUAAGGCAGUAAAGCGAAACGAACAAGGUGCGAUUCAGAUUAGGGGCCCGCUCAUCUUCAAACGAUACUUCAACAACGAGUCUGCAACCAGCGCCUGCAUGACCAAAGAUGGCUGGUUCGAUACCGGUGACCUCGGCAUGCUUGAUGCUGAGGGUAAUCUGAACAUUGUCGGCCGCUCCAAAGAGGUUCUCAUAAUAAACGGACAGAACUACUCUUCUUUCGAACUGGAGCACGCCAUUGAGUCAGCAGACAUCCGUGGUUUGAGUAAGAGCUUUACUGCUUCAUUUUCGACCUGGAUCGAGAACUCGCAAACAGACAGCGAAGACAUCGUCAUCUUGUUUAACCCCACAAAUGACUCCACGGAAGAUACUCCUGAGCUCCGCGAUACCAUUGCGCAGAUCAACCAGGCAGCCAUCCGCUUCUGUCGCACGCGACCUGCACUGGUCAUCCCACUACCAAAGCAGAUGUUGCCCAAAUCGACGAUUGGCAAGCUAUCUCGUGCAAAGCUCAAGAAGUCGUUCACAGCUGGUCACUUUGACCAGUUCAAGCUAAAAGAGCGUCAGCCCCAGUCCAUGGCUCAAGAUGGAACUCCGCUCACAACACCACUGCAAAAGGUUCUGGCAACUGUUAUCUGCGAGGAAACAGGAAUGGAAGAGUCGAAUCUCCACCUCGAGAUCAACCUGGCAGAUCUUAACAUCGAUAGUCUGGGGUAUCUUCGGAUCAAGUCCUCGCUUGAGACGAUCUUGGACCGCGAGGAAGCGAUUUCUAUGUCGCUUCUUCUCUCAUGCCGCACCAUUUCUGACAUGGAUACAAUGCUUCUCUCUUUGGGAACAACCACGACUGAGUACGACCCAAUUGUACCCCUUGUCUCGACUGGAACAAAAGCUCCUAUCAUCCUUUGCCAUCCUGGUGGUGGUGAAUUCUUGACCUGGCUCACGCUCCUCAAAUACCUACCCGAUCGUCCCAUCUAUGCAUUACGUGUACGCGGUUUCCACAAGGGUGAGAAGUCGUUUGAAACACUGGAUGAGAUGCUCGAAAUAUACAUGGCGGGCAUCAGAAAGCACCAACCCAAUGGUCCGUAUCUACUUCUCGGUCUCUGCUUUGGUGGCAUGCUGGCCUUCGAGCUUGGGAAGAGGUUUGAGGCAGCGGGUGACGAAGUCGCCUUUUGCGGCGGUAUUGACAAUCCUGCCGACUUGAGUCGCAUUCAAGUCCGUGCGAACCAUCGAAACUUUAUCAUCGACUUGUUGCACUUCUUCCAGCUCCUUGACAUGGAGACAGCUAUGCGAUGGGAGCAAGAGAUGGAACACAUCCCAGAUGAGUCGUUCACGAAAGAGAUCUUUGCUCGCUUCCCUGACGGAACACUCGAGAACCUUGAUCUCAGCGUUCCCAAGGUCGAGACAUGGCAGCGCAUCAACGACAACAUGCAGAACAUCACCAGAUCCUACGUUCCGACAGGUUCAGUUUCCAAGUACGAUCUCUUCUGGGUACCACCACUACCGCACUACAACUGCACAGAUGAGGCGUGGCGCCACGAUUGGCUUGCAAAAUGGAAGAACCAUGUCGUGGGGGCUUCACAGAGCGAUGUGGAUGCUGAGAACUCUCCAGGACCUCUCCGAUACCAUCGCGUCGACGGUACACAUUUCACUAUCUUGAGGCAAGAGAAUGUUGAGGUUUUUCAACACGCCUUGAACGAGGCACUCAAGGUUCGGGGCGUUUGAAAUUAGUAUGAUUUGACCUCUUAGAAACUAGACUUUUUAAUAUUUCAGACAUUGCAUAGAAUCUCAUUAGAAUGAACAAGG